AUGCAAAUACUAAAAGAACGAGACUCCUUUUUAUCCAACUUUGAAGUAUAUGACCACCUAAAACAUAUCAAGCACAAAUACAACUGGACAUUCUCACCUGAAGAAGAGCUCGCACUUCAACAAGAACAACAACAACAUCAACAACUGGACCAACACAGCAAAAAGCACCAUCAGAAACAAAAGAACCGAUUCACGGCAUGCGGUCCGGAAUUGGAGGUAGUAACGCGGGAUGUGCUUCAGUUUAUGGAGAACAGUGCCGAAAUAACCCAGGUUGAUGUUGAUGGUUUCAAGCAGCUAAUGUUGUUUUUGAACCAAUUUGAAUUGAUGAAGGUUGAGAAAUUGCAAAUUGUCAAUUGUUUGCCUCGAUCUUUGGUUGUGUUAUAUUUGUUGGUUGAAGAUUGUGAAGAGAGAUUUAGCGUGGAAGUAUGUGAAGAGAUUGUGGGGAAGAUAAAUGAGUUGUUUCCGAAAGAUGACGAUGAGGGAGAAGAGGACGAAGAAGAAGAAGAAGAAGAAGAAGAAGCAGAUGCGGCUGGGGAGGAGGGUGAUGAAAUAAAGCAGGAAGAAGAACUAAAUGAUGAAGUUAUGGAGUAA